AACAAUCAUUGAAGAAGAAUCAUUUGAAGGAAUUGAUAAUAAUAUAAUAAGAAUUCCCAGAGGAGCUCAAGCUAUACUUGACUCCGCUAAUAUUACGAUUCCAACAGGUAAUCUAGUUGAUAGUUGCUAUGAUGAACUUGCCAAAGAUGUUAAUAUCAAAAUAAAUACUAAAUUGGAUACAAUUGCUACUUUGAAGAUAAAAUUAUGUAUAGAUCAAGGAAUAGAUAUCAAAAGAUCUUUAGUUAGAUUAUUUUUUUUGGGUUCUUUACUUGAUGAUAAAUUAAAAUUAGAGGAUUUAGAUUAUAGUGAUGAACAAGUUUUACAAGCAUUAAUUAGUGAAAAACCAUAA